GAUGAUGAUGAUAUGCCCCAUGGGUUUUGUAUAGUCACAUAUUCUUCCACAGACAGAUUUGAAGGGAACUUUGUGCAUGGAGAAAAGAAUGGUCAUGGAAAAUUCUUCUUCUUUGAUGGAAGCACUCUAGAAGGCUUUUAUGUUGAUGAUAGCCUGCAAGGCCAGGGAAUAUACACCUAUGAGGAUGGAGGCGCACUUCAUGGGACUUACAUUGAUGGUGAACUGAAUGGGCCAGCUCAGGAAUAUGAUGCUGAUGGACGAUUGGUCUUCAAAGGGCAAUACAAAGAUAAUAUUCGGCAUGGAUUUGGUUGGAUUUACUAUUCAGAUGGUGGGUUUCUGGCUGGAGAAGUUAAUGAAGAAGGAGAGAUGACUGGAGAAAAGCUGGCCUAUGUGUACCCUGAUGGAAAGACGGCAUAUUAUGGACACUUCAUAGAUGGUGAAAUGAUAGAAGCAAGACUGGCAAAGGUUAUACUGGCAGAGGAAGAAAAACUACAAUUUGAUAUUGUGCCAGGCAGCCCAGUUUACAGUUUUGAUAAAUCUACUUCAUCCUGCAUUUCUACAAGUCCACUUCUUCCUGACCGUUAUGAAUCAGAGAGGGUCUAUGUUGAUGCGUCUCUUAUUUCCAAUGCUGGAGAAGGUUUGUUUACUAAAAUAGCUGCUGAAGCUGGCACAGUUUUAUCUUUUUACAAUGGCACACGAAUUACACAUCAAGAGGUGGACAGCAGGGACUGGUCUUUGAAUGGAAAUACGAUAUCCCUUGAUGAUGAAACAGUCAUAGAUGUACCAGAACCUUACAGCCAUGUAACCAAAUACUGUGCCUCUUUGGGGCACAAGGCAAACCACUCAUUCACUCCAAAUUCUGUUUAUGACUCGUUUGUUCACCCUCGCUUUGGACUGAUUAAAUGUAUUCGCACAAUUCAAGCAGUGGAGAAGGAUGAAGAACUAACAGUGGCUUAUGGCUAUGAUGACAGUUCCACUGGACAAAACGGGCCAGAAGCACCAGAGUGGUAUCUGGCAGAACUAAGAGCCUUCCAAGCUUCCUUGAAAAAAUGA